AUGGCAGCCAUUGUUGUAGUGAUGUCGGUACUGACGCAAUUGGGAUACACUAUUGGUUUGGAGAAAUCCGUACUAAUGCCAUCAAAGCAGCUAGAAUACCUUGGUAUGAUAGUUGAUUCUGAAAAGCAAGCUUUCCUGGUUCCGGCAAGAAAGAUCACUUCCUUUGGGACAUUGCGGGAGCAUAUCCUGUCCUUCAAGAACGUGCAUGUUAAGUCACUUCAGAGGCUACAAGGGAAAUGCAUCUCUCUUUCCUUAGCAGUUCCGGCGGCCAAGUUGUACAUUAGGAAUAUGAGCACAGCCAUAGCAUUAUCGAGAGGAGCAGAUCAUGUACGACUGACAGAGCAUUUAAAGGAAGAAAUUGAACAUUGGCGUUUUUUAGACACGUGGACAGAUUUUGUUCCGUGGAGGGACGAGAGACACGUGCGAAUGUCCUUAUCUACCGAUGCCUCCAACUCCGGCUGGGGAURUGUAGUCCAUGGAGCGGGAGGAGAAGAUAACCUAGCUGAUUACUGGAGUGAAAGUGAGCGAGCAUUGCACAUUUCGUCGAAGGAAAUGAUGGCGAUCUGUCAUGCACUAGAGUCGGCGCCUGAUCAUGUCCGCGACUGUCGRGUAGAUAUCCAAGUGGACAGUCGGGUUGUGAUUGACACAUUUAAUGGUCAGGGAAGCCGAAGGUCGCCUCAGCUGACRGAGAUUACCAAGAGACUCUAUCAGAGCUCAUUCAAACGUAAUGUGCAAAUUAACUUGGCGUAUGUUCCGUCAAAGCAGAACCAGGCAGAUGGCCCAUCGAGACGGCUGUCAGCCUCCGACGCUAUGCUUUCGUCAAARGCAUGGGGACAAGUGGAGAUGGCUUUCGGAGGUCCGUCAGGACACUCAAUUGACCUAAUGUCGCUCGACUCGAACGUCCAUUUAGAUAAGAGCGGAGAAAGUCUGCCUCACUUUACUCCAUGGGCCACACCUCAAUCACUUGGUGUCAAUUUGUUUGCGCAGAAUCUGGAUGAAGAUAAGGGUUACUUGUCUAACCCAUAUGUAUUCCCACCGKUUUCACUCAUAGCACCGGUUGUGAGGUUUCUGAGUAAAUUUCAACGAGCCUUCACUAUUAUUGUGCCAGGGGGGUACCCUAGAGAACUUUGGUGGCCUACAUUAAUGGCAAUGUCCUCUAAGGUGAUCUGCGUGGCUCGUGAGGGAGACUUGGAUGUGUUGCUGUUCCCGUCUAAGGAAGGUUAUAAACCACGCCCGUGCCGAUACCCUUUGUAUGCUUGUAGGGUAUCUCGUUUUUGA